AUGAGUCAGGAUGAGUUACAAACGUUUGGUUUGUUGGAGAUUGAGAAACUAUUGCAGAGUAAUGGAAAAUCAUUGAGAAAUUAUGCUGGCAUGCCAGUUCCUAAUAAAUCUUUAUAUGAUACUGUUUCUUUGACUCAUGAGCACGAUGCAAAUGUCUCCAAGUUAAAUGAAGAACAGAGGGUGGUCUACGAUAAAAUUAUUGAUUGUGUUUCGAAUAAGAGGCACGGAUUCUUUUUUGUGUAUGGGUUUGGUGGCACUGGAAAAACUUUUUUAUACAGAGUUUUGUCAGCUAAAUUGCGAUCUGAGAAAAAUAUUGUUAUAAAUGUUGCUUCUAGUGGUAUUGCUUCUCUGUUGUUACCGGGUGGUAAGACGGCACAUUCUAUGUUCAAUAUUCCCGUUGAGAUUACUGAAGAUACUGUUUGCCGGAUUAAGAAGGAUAGCCCAAAGGCUGAGGUAUUUCGAAUUGCCGAUUUGAUUAUUUGGGAUGAGGCACCCAUGACUAACAAAUUAGCAUUUGAAGCGCUCGAUAGGACGUUGUGGGAUAUAAUGGUUUCGGUCUCUGAUAGAAAUAAAGAUUUACCUUUUGGUGGGAAGGUAGUCGUUCUUGGUGGUGAUUUCAGGCAGGUCUUGCCAAUUAUUCCAAAAGGUUCUUGUGCUGAGAUUGUGAUAGCGUCCAUAAAUUCUUCUGUCCUUUGGAAAUACUGUGAAGUUUUGCGAUUGACAAAAAAUAUGAGGUUAGCAAUCGGAUCGGAACAAUCAACUGCUCAGGAGUUAAGGUUGUUUUCAGAUUGGAUACUUCAAAUCGGGGAAGGUCAUUGUGGAACAGUGGUCAACGAGAAACUUUUUGUUGAUAUUCCUUCUGAUCUAAUCAUUCCUGUCUUGGAAAAUCCAGUGGAAGAUAUUGUAAAUACAAUAUACCCGAAUUUGGUUCAGAAUUUUCGUGAUCCAAGUUUCUUCCAAGAUAGGGCAAUACUCGCUUCGACUGUCGACAAUGUUGAAGAGAUAAACAAUUAUAUAGUUGAUUUGUUGCCCGGUGAGGAGAAAAAUUAUCUCAGUGCUGAUUCGAUAUGUGGUAGUGAUGCCUAUUCUGAUGUUGAUGUUGAUUGGAUAACUGUUGAAUUCUUGAAUCAGAUUAGGUGUUCUGGUCCACCUAAUCAUUUGUUAAAGUUGAAAAUAGGUGUUCCUAUUAUUUUGUUGAGGAAUAUUGAUCCGGCUGGUGGUUUGUGUAAUGGGACUCGACUUGUCGUGCGAGAUCUAGGGACAAAUAUCAUUGGUGCAGAUAUUGUUUCUGGUAGCAAUGUUGGGGACAAAGUUUUUAUCACCAGAAUGAGUAUGAUUCCUAGUGAUACGGUUAUACCGUUUAAAUUCCAACGCCGUCAAUUUCCGGUUUCUCUGUCCUUUGCGAUGACAAUCAACAAGAGCCAGGGUCAGACAUUAUCAAUGGUCGGUUUGUUCUUGCAUCGUCCUGUGUUUUCUCAUGGUCAACUUUAUGUAGCUCUUUCUCGGGUUCGGAAUAGAAAUGGUCUUAAGAUUUUACUUUGUGAUGAAGGAUUAGAUGAUGCUGGUAGGACUGAAAACGUUGUAUUUAAGGAAGUUUUUGAUAAGGUCAAAUUCUAA